AUGACAAUAACUUCAAAUUGGCUCGUCUGUCCGUUUAUUUGCCAAGUAAUAAGAGGAGAGACAGAGAUAGAGAGAGAAGAGAGAUUGACGUAUUGUAGCAGCAUUCCGGCUUCACUACAGCUCCGAGAUCAACCGACCGACGAGUGCGCGGUGUUGGCUUCUUCUUACGCACUCAUGGAAGACGAUAAAACACCCAAGUCGGACGUUUUGGCAGGACACGAGGACUUUUCUCAAGACGCAAUCGAGUUUUCAAUUCAUGACGGCAAUAAGAGACGAUGGAUGAAUUGUUGUUGUAUACGACGACAAAAGAUAGACAAGCGUCAGGAUAUGGAGAUUGGGGAAGUCAGUGGUAUUAGCUUAAAGUCAAAGACACACGAUCAACUUGUGGCAGAUCGACAAUUGAAGCAAAAGAUUGCACACUACUCGACGAUGCGCGUACAUAUGAAGCGCGUGCAAUUGUGUCUGCAACAGGAAAAGCGCAAUAAGUUUUACAAGGAAUUGGUCGUAUACUUGUGCUUUGUGGCAGUCAUCAUGGCGACGUUGUUGACAUUGCCAGUUCAUUUUCCGUACGAACAGAAUUCGGUGUUGGAUAGUACUUACUUUCAGGAACAAUUUCCGGAUGAAACUUAUCCUAAAACUUUCUAUGACGUUGGCAAUGAGCGUGAAAUGUGGCAGUGGAUUAAUGGACCGAUGCUGUAUCAGUACUAUGACUCUCCUAGACGCAAUAGCCGUCCCAUUGGUAGUAUUCAGAUGCGAACAGGUCGAGUAAAAGGCACCCUUUGCAGUCAGACUUCUGGACGAAAUGGUUUCGUUAUGUUUUCGGAUGAAAUUUGUUAUCCCGAGUAUUCGACUAGACACGAAAUGAAGAAUGCGUAUGGUAAUGAUAGCGGUGUACUGGGUACAAAGUAUUACUGGACCAGCGGAAUGGGCAAGCUACUACGCUCCGAGACGUUUAAACCAGGUCUUGUAAGCCGCGAAAUGGACUACGGUCACGGUGGAUACGUGGUCUAUCUACCUCGCGACAAUUAUACUGCAGCUACCGCGUUAGUCACACAGCUACAAAGCGACUUUAUUCAAGAUGGCACGCGGUACAUGGUAUCAACCUUUGCUUUCUACAACGCACGUAGCAAUAUAUUUUCGCAUGUGCAGGGACUUUUUGAGAUGAGCAAUACCGAUUACAUGGAGGUUACAGGAAGAAUCAAGAGUUUUCGUAUUUUGGCAAGUUACAAGGACAUUGAUGAGUUUCUGGAUGCUAACGCCCUCGUGAUAGUCUUGAUGGUUGCCACCCUCUUGCUCGUGACUCGUCAAAUCUCGGAUUUGCGCAAUAACGGGCUACGUAAGUAUGUACAAUCUCUUUGGAACCUAUUGGACAUGCUUCAGCUCGUGUUACUCAUUGUGUUUCUUGCGUAUUGGGUUCUUUUUUUCGUAAAAUCGGAAAACAUCCGUGGCGAUCUUUAUCGUGUCGGUGACAUGGAUUGUUCCGGUCCGGCGGACGACCAGGAGGCAGCACGAUCUUGCUUUAUCGAUGUAGAGGAACUAGCAAUACUAGCUCGCUCAGUCAAAAAUUACGCAGCAACUCUCGGACUGGUGUCCGUGGCUAUUGUGUUUAAGUACUUGCGAUUGAAUUCGCGCUUGAAUUUGCUGUGGCGCACCCUUCGCUUUGCAGCCAAGGACCUUCUUGCGUUCGUGAUUAUUUUUUUCACCAUUUUCUUUGGCUUUGCAGUUAUGGGCUACUUGACGUUUGGUACAGCUGUGCAGCAGUAUCAUUCAUUGUCGAUGUCAUUGACGAGUUGCUUCCAAAUGCUCUUGGGUGCAUUCGAUUACGAAGAAAUUUACACUGCUAAUCCGACCAUGGCGGCAAUAUUCUUUUUCAGCUUCAUGGUCUCUAUCUAUCUCAUUUGCGUCAACAUGUUCAUUGCGAUAAUGAGUGAGUACUAUUCUUUGGCUCAGAAUGAAAAGAAGACCCUUGAAGAAAACAGGCGCAAUUUUGCAGAUAGUAAGGACAAGGAUGACGAGGACUUUCGCGAUUCACUUCAGCUUUUGGACGUUGAGUAUGACGUGGCGAAGCAGGUCAAGAAUUACAUCAAUGGUCUGCGAGUCCGAGUGAAGAUGCCACCACUUGUAAAUACUAAGUCGGCAUAUAGUACGGAGCAGCUCAUGUUAUCUGGUUUCCAGCGGGUACUACUCGUGGAUUAUGACUAUCUUAUGGCCGAACGAAAGCGAUUACGCCGAAAAUUCCGUGCCUGCGUACACCUGGUCAUGGUUUGUGGUGACUUGAUGCGCCAGAACGAUCCGGAUUUUAUUAUGCAAGUGGAGCUCGAUUAUAUCGGUGAGCGCGCGCGUCCUCAAUCGGAUCCUACUGACUCAUCCGCUGAUAUUGUCGAGUUUCCCGUGACCUACGUUCCCAUUUCAUCAUCAUUAGCCAACACUGUCGAAAUCCUCAAGCGGUUAAAGCGAGGAAUGUUCAUUGAAAUCGACGAUGGCUCGCUUACGAAAGAUCAAAUCACGCUAGAAGUGCUUGGAGACCAGGGUGAAUACGUCCAAUCGUGCUUCAUGAACCGACAGCAAGCUGUGCAGCAACACGAUGACUGCUAUGAGAACAAUGACGGCUAUUAUGUGCGCAUUAGUGAAUCUUACGCAACCGAAAUGGGUGGAAGUAAGCCCGACCCGGUGUUUUUUGGUCUGCAGCAUAACCACCCGACGGUGGGUAAGGCCGACCACAUUCGAGCGUGUCGUGUGCUUUACAAUGGCAAUGCCCUGCUAGACGGUAACGAAAUGUGCGUCAUGCCACGUUCGACAUGGUUUCGCUACUUUGUUGAAUACGUUGGAUGGGGCUACGUCAAGCGGCACUUAACAUGCAAGCGGACGAAGAAGACAAUACACCGACUCGUGACAGAUGCUGAAGUCGAUCGGCUCAUCACAGAGAGCUAUGCUGCACCCGGCCGCGGCAUCUCAUGCAGAUUCGACGAACUUGUGCGCAACUUUCGCAUGUUUAUUGCUAAGAAGGUGCACAAGCGUCACCUUCGUAUUCCUGAUCUUGAAGACCGCAUCUUCGAGGAGGUGAUCACAUUUCUCGAACGAUUCCCAUCAGCGCUUACUCCUUUGGACAAGCGCGAGUUGGAAGGCUACAAGUACACACCACAACCAUUGGAUACUCGUCACAUUCGAUUGCCUCACUCGAUUAAUUUGCUGGCAGAGUUGCUAUCUCAAAACGCACAUGAAGUUUGGGCCGUGGGGCGAAUUAAUCAAGGUUGGCGCUGGGGCACUGAACGUAACAACGACCUGAAGCUUCACCCUGACCUCGUGCCUUAUGAGUCGCUUACAGAGCAGGACAAGCAGUACGAUCGCGACACAUCCAUGUCGGCACUCAAGGUCAUUACGACAUUAGGUUACGUGUUGGAGCCUCCACUCAACAACGAAGAACAGUUUGACGGAUUUGAGUUUGGUACCGCCGCAGCUGAACCCGGAGGUACUUACGUACCGAAACCAAUCCCGACUGAUGAUGUAAAGGUACCUCCUCAUCUUCGUUCAGUAAUCGAGCUUCUUGCUGAAAACACACACGAAGUAUGGGCACAGAUGCGCAUGGAGCAAGGCUGGAAGUUUGGUCCUCGGCGUAACGACGCCAUGAAGGAGCACAAUGGCCUUGUCCCGUACAUAUACCUUACACAUGACGAGAAGGAUAUGGACCGCAACACCGCCAUGCAGACAGUAAAGCUAAUCUUGCGUUUCGGGUUCAAUUUCGUGCACAAGGAUCAACGAGCUCGCAGUGGAAAGAAGAAACACUCGGGCCAUAUUAAGGUGAUUGGCCGCAACGAAAACCCUGAAGCGCGUCAUAUUGGAGAGACGGUAGCUUUAGCACGCGGUGCAACCCGCGCAAAACGCGCCUUUAUGGUUCACAAUGGUUUCUUCUCCAGCCUCCACUCGUCCUCCGCUGCAAGUCUCUUUUCGUUAAACUCAACUAGAUCGGAGUCUACGUCGCACGAAUUGCAACAGCAUAGAGCUGCUGUGGCGCAUGCACGGCUAGUUACAACAGCUUCGUCAUCUGCAGUGACAGUAGAAUCCUCAAGCGACGCUGCGAUAAUUUUCUCUUCAUUCGAGUCCGUUAGCUCCACAACGGAGUCCUUUGACUCACCAAAAAAUGUUGCCAGUUCUAAUAGCAGUAAGCAAUAG